AUGGCAACCCUUAAGGAAAAACUCAUUGCCCCAGUCACAGAAGAGGACACAGCCCUCCCGAACAACAAGAUCACCGUAGUAGGUGUCGGACAAGUUGGAAUGGCAUGUGCUAUCAGCAUUCUGGGAAAGUCUCUAGCUGAUGAACUUGCCCUUGUGGAUGUCUUGGAAGACAAGCUCAAAGGAGAGAUGAUGGAUCUGCAGCACGGGAGCUUGUUUCUUAAGACUCCUAAGAUUGUGGCGGAUAAAGAUUACUCCGUGACAGCCAAUUCUAAGAUUGUGGUGGUGACUGCAGGAGUCCGCCAGCAGGAGGGGGAGAGUCGGCUCAACCUGGUGCAGAGAAAUGUCAACGUGUUCAAGUUCAUUAUUCCUCAGAUCAUCAAGUACAGCCCCGACUGCACCAUCAUUGUGGUUUCCAACCCAGUGGAUAUCCUUACUUAUGUCACCUGGAAACUGAGCGGGCUGCCUAAGCACCGUGUGAUUGGAAGUGGAUGCAAUCUGGAUUCGGCUCGCUUUCGCUACCUCAUGGCUGAAAAGCUUGGCAUUCACCCCAGCAGCUGCCAUGGAUGGAUUCUGGGCGAACAUGGCGACUCCAGCGUGGCUGUGUGGAGUGGGGUGAAUGUGGCAGGAGUCUCCCUCCAGGAACUGAACCCAGAAAUGGGAACGGACAAUGACAGUGAGAACUGGAAGGAAGUACAUAAGAUGGUGGUGGACAGUGCCUAUGAAGUCAUCAAGCUAAAAGGAUACACAAACUGGGCCAUUGGGUUAAGUGUGGCUGACCUCAUUGAAUCCAUGCUGAAAAACCUAUCUCGGAUUCACCCUGUGUCUACAAUGGUGAAGGGGAUGUAUGGCAUUGAGAACGAAGUCUUCCUCAGUCUCCCAUGCAUCCUCAAUGCCCGGGGACUGACCAGCGUCAUCAACCAGAAGCUGAAGGAUGAUGAGGUCGCUCAGCUCAGGAAGAGUGCGGACACCCUGUGGGACAUCCAGAAGGACCUGAAAGACCUGUGA